AAAUAUAUUAAAUGUAUUGUCCGCCAAUGGUGAUAGGAAUACAUCUUAGAUUUGUUCAACCUUCUGCAUUUUGUUAACUAGAAAUGUCAAAAAUAGUGGAACUUAGGCAAGAUCGCGCUCUAAUGCGUCCCAAUUUUGAUGGUUAUAAACUUUCUUUAGAGCCUGUGCCGGUAAUUAGACAAGAUUUGACAUCUGCUCCUUUAAAAGCAGAACCAAGUGACGAACAAUAUUCACUUUUACACGUCGAAUUGUUUUCCAUGCAAAAUUUACUCAUUGUUGAUCCUUGGUCGAGAACAGAGUCUUAUUACAUUAAUCGCAAGGGUGAUGUUGUACGAGUCAGCUAUGAUGAAAACAAAGGUAGUCCUAAUCCAAUGCAUAUUGUAUACCGAAUGAAUCAAGAGGAAAAUGAUGAUUCCACCCCGAUUUGGAAAUGUAAGGGACAAUAUAAUACCACAUUUCGUUUUAUUUCGGAAAAAUUUUGUGUCUUAUGUGAUGGAAACAAGAGACUAUUUCUGUUUGAAACUGGAAAUCGUUCAAAAGCUCAAGAAUGGCAAGUUGUAGCCACCACCAAUAUAUAUGGGAGCGACAUAGAACUCGAAGAGAGGGGCUAUGUUAUCUUCGACGCCCGUUUAGAUAUAUUGCAAGAACAAAAGCAGAUUUCACUGGCUCUUGGUCAUGUCCAGAGAGUCGAUUCGUCACAAGCUCGCAGUAGUAGCACACAUUAUAUGUACAUACAUUGGGCCAAAUGGAUCCUUAAGGACCAACAAUGGCAACUAGAAAUUGUGGAUACUUUGGAGUGCAAAGGUUCCAUUUAUUAUUGUGCAUUUGAGCCACGCAGCCAAUCCUUAAUUUUAAGCUCUAAUCGUCCAUGCAUUUGGCGUUCUGCAAAAACAAAUAAACAUACUGAAGGUGAACCCCUUGCAGAAAUGGCUCAACUGCACGAAGGAGACGAGGAGGACAGGACAGAAAUAUCUAGUUAUUCAUGGUCGCAAACCGAUGAUGAUAUAUUGGUAAAAUUCAAUGUAAAACCAGGAAUGGACAAAAACAAUUACCACAUCAAGUGCGUUUCGAACAGAAUAACCGUCAAAUGCAACGACGAAACUUUAUUAGAUAAUGAGCUGAAGGAGAAAAUCGAUCAUGAUUUAACAACAUGGACUAUAGAGAAUAACUUUUUGCAAAUUACUUUAGUUAAACAAGAUUCAGAUAUGUAUUGGAGUUCAUUGCUUGCAAAUGAUUUAGGUCCCAAGGAAAAUACAGAAAAUAACACACAACAAAACUGCCUGCCAUUAGAACAGCAACCUAUAGCAAAUUUAGAGGCUCCAAUAGAAGAUUGCGAUUUCCCUAUGGGGAUUGAAGAGGAUGAAAUAACCAUAUCUCGCUUCAAUUUGCCCACCAAAAGCAUAACACAUUCCGUAAUAAUGGGAUCCAAUCCUCCAUUAUUUACAACGUCUCUCAGACCAGGGUUUCCCUUAGCCAUUGCAACGAGACAGGAUGUUGAUUGUUCUUUGUGGCUACAACAAUAUAAUGUCACAAAACCUGACGAAUGGUCACUAAGGCACGAAGGAAAUUUGCAUGCCUUUGGAUAUAUUCAAGCAUCAAAACAGCAAAAAAAGUUUAUGGACUGUUCUCCAGAUUUGGGCUAUGCUAUUAUCUCUGAAUCGCAUCGUCAUAUAUUUUUAUAUAAAUCGAAGUAUGAUACCGCAAAUGGUUUGAGGAACCGGAAUGGCCCACAGGUGACAAUUGGCAAACAGCAUUUGGUUACUUUAGAUGAUGCAGGUGAAGUUCUUGGUUUAUGUACAGCUAAUAGUACAGCCACUUUGUUAACAGAAAAGUUUAUAAUGUUUAUUCAAAUAGAAAGUUAAUAAAUAUUUGGUACACACUA